AUGGGUAGAAACAACUUCAGCGAGGGGAACUCAUCAGAGGAAACAAAGGAUUCGUGUGAGAACAUGAAGGGAAAACAAGAAGAUAGUGUUGUGCAGACAACUAAGAGUGAGCAUGUUGAACCUUCCGAGCAAGAAUCCUCAAACAUGCCAGUGUCAGAUCUAGGAAAGAAAGAAACACCAGAUGUAGUAGAAACUCUAGCUAUGAGUGUCGAGGAUGUACCCGAGGAAGGAGAAAUUGUUGAAACAAAAUCCAAGAGUGCCAUGAACAAGAAAAGGAAUAUUGGAAAGAGGACACGACAAAAUAACAAUGGGAUUCAAGGUAAGGGCCUACUCAGUAUCCAAGGGGAAGGGGGCCAACUAGAGGCAAUCUUCCAUAUGGUUUUGUGUAAGUGUUAUUGGAUGAUGUGA